CACACACACACACACACACACUAAUACCCUCACUCAUACAUCUCCCUCAGUGACAAUGUAUCAAAUUUGUGUUCAUAAAUAAGGCAACUUUAUUAUUUAUUUUUUUAGAUAUUCCUACCUAUUGAUUAUCAAUCUAACGCGUGGUUUUAUUAAAUGUUAAACGACUUACUGGAACUUAUAUAGAUUGAUCAACAAAGAAGAGUGAAAAGUUCCCCUAAUCAACCUAAUCGAAUCGUUAAAAAACUCUAAAAUUUGGAGAGAGAGAGAGGGAGGGGAAUCUUAGCUGAUGGUGGGGACAAUGAGCUGGAAGAACCAUAACGCUGACAAUUAACUUUAUUUGGACGGAAGCGGCUGAUUACCUUCGCCAGGAGGAAACAAAGGAAGCUCCUCCACACCCGACACCAUCGUCAGUAGUCAGUGUUUAGGUGACGGGUCGGCGUCAUCGGUGGAAGAAGAGGCAAGUGAAUAGACAGUUCAUGGACAGGAAGGACAGUACGUAACGUAGACAGGAAGGACUCAGGGGUGACAGUGUGAAGAACAAGUGUUAUUAUCUGGAGAAAACGACCACAAUAACUCUUUAAAACUAUUUAAUUGAUGGUGAAUAAUUGAAGUGUUCUAAAAUUAUAACGUAGAAGUAUAAACAUAUGAUAGAACUAGUGGAUGAAGCCCAGAAUGAGGUGAAAAAUAAUGAAACAAUGUACAAUUCUGUGUUAAGUCUCCAGAUGACAUAAUAAUGAACCGUAAUAACACUCUUAAAGAAUUAUAAACUACAUGAAUCCUUUAACAGAUGUUCUAACUGACUGGAUGGUGAGCCUUCAGAAAACACCAAGAAUUAAUUAAUCUUAAAGCUUGAUAAGUCACCUGAUGCAGAAAACACGACAACAAGUAUAAUAUUAAACACUAGAAUGUAAACAAAACAGCGUCAGGUCAAAUGAUGAUGAUGAUGAUGAUGAUGAUGAUGAUGAUGAUGAUGAUGAUCGCUUUAAAAGAACCUUACUGAAUACAACUACAGUGACUUAUUGCCCGAGUAAUCUUAUCCUCGUCCUAGAUAAGAAUGAUAUUUGUUUACUCUGUCUGUACUCUGUGUGAUUGAACAUUGUUUGUUUUACUGAACAUUUGGGAGCCUCAAAUACUCGGUAUGAAUUUUGUAGAAUGAAAACCUCACAUACUAUUUCUUCCCCUGUGACUACUAAUGUAUUUUGAAUCGUAUUUAACUGGAAGUCUUUUCUCUAAUGUAUAUAAACCAGUGGCUUAUGCUUUUACUUGAAUAACAUUACAUGGAAGUAAAGACAAAAACUAUACCUAUCUCACGCAGAAAAAAAUAUCCAGACAAUAUAUAAAAAUGACAAACUUAGCAAACUACCUAUCAGACAGUCAGUUGUGUUACCAUCAGACAGUCAGUUGUGUUACCAUGCUCGUGUGAUCCCUCAAUGACGGUCACCUCCAACCCAAGAACCUUAGGGGAUAUUUCUGUCACACAAGUAACCAGCUCAACAUCAUACGACCUGGCUCUAUCACAGACUGGCUUCAGAGUCAACAUGAAGCUUUACCUCCUGCUCGGGCUGGCUUCAGUGGUCACGGGAGGUGCUGGCGGGGUGUCCAUCGUGAGGCUGACGGUGCCGGAGGUGGUGAAGACCAACACAACGGCUGUGGUGCUUGACUGUGACUACCAGGUGGACGAGUGGGAGCGACCAGGCCUCGUCGUCAAGUGGUACGUGGACAAGAUCCAUCUAGUAUACCAGUGGAUACCGCCGCUGCGCCCCCAGGCCCUGGGUGUGUUGAGUGGCCGGGUCAACACCACCUACGAGGCCUCUAGGGACCCCUGGGCCGUGCACCGGGCCCUCUACAUCCCUCACCCGGACCCCUCAUUGUCUGGCCAGUACUCCUGCUCCGUCAGUACCUUCGAGGAUGAGGACACCCGCACCGCACACCUCCUCGUCUGGAGACCUGCCCGCGAUGUGGAGCUGAAAUAUUGGCGGCCCUCAGAGUACCUCGUCAACAUAACCUGCAGCGUCGCGGGAGUAGCACCUAGACCAGAGUUCACCUUAUAUACUACGGAUCCAAAUGGCACCAGACAAGGUGUGCAGGUACGCGGAACAAAUGGCCACCUGGGAGAGGACGGGGAGUGGUGGGCGGGGGCGUGGGGGCUGAUCCUGUGGGCGGAUACUGAAGCUGGCAGUGUCAUCAGUUGCACCUUCACCCUCCCCGGCACCUCCCAUACUAACACCAGCAAUAAGACCUACCACCCAGAUUUACCCAUCAUCACCACCACUACCACCACACCAACCACCACGACGGCUAGUGAGCUCCCAGGCAGAUCGUCCAGUAUACCACAACACGCGCCUAGCACAACCUCCACCUUCUUCGAUUUGUCCACCCUGUUCGGCGCAGCCAGCGCGGCGAGGAGUGUGCAGCUGUCACCCACAUGGAGCUGCAGCUGCCUUAUGUUGUUGAUGGUGUUCCUGCGGGUGAUGGCUGACGACCCGUGAGGACAGACUACCACUACCUUCCCCUCACCCACACCUAAAAAAUCAAAACUCACCAUUGUGUGUGUGUGUGUGUGUGUGUGUCUGUCUGUCUGUCUGUCUUUGUGUGUGUGUGUGUGUGUGUGUGUCUGUCUGUCUUUGUGUGUGUGUGUUCGUCUCCCACUUGCGUUUUGUGGUGGCGUUAGUGACUUCACGAUGCACUUUGUCAUUCUGCGUUACACUGAUUAAUGACAAUUUUACCAAUGAGCUUUCAAUAAUGUGUAUGUCUUGAGCAAUAUGUGGUGUUGUAUAUAUAUAUAGUGAAGGAAAUAAUCGGUGGUUUUAAGUCUCUUGGUAAUGAAAUAUAUUACUUGGUGGAACCCUAAUUGGAGUAAAGGUCUGAGGAGAAAUUUAAUCUGUGAAUGUGUACCGCGUUUAUAGAGGAAUAAAAGAGAGCCGUUGAUGGUCAGUAGGUGACAAUUUCUGACUUAGAGGGAACGUUUGAAGGUAAUGUCAUUCUCUUAUAUUGUGAAUUAUUUAACUUUUCUUGCAGUUACUCCGAGACUUUGGAUGAGAUCUGUAUUUUUUUUUUAAUUCUAAUCCUCGACAAAGAAAUUUAAUACCAAUUGAAACUUGUCAACUGAAUCCUUAAUAUGUUAAAAGUCCGUAGGUGUUUUAAUGACUGCUUUUCCCUUCAGUAAUUUAUUUUGUAGUUUAUGACAACUUUGAAGAUGGUUUAAAAAGUAGAUUUAUUUUCUGGAAAAGUUAAUAGUAAUACAUAUAGAAAAUAAUUAUCGUUAAUUCUAAGACUAUCAGUUAGUUUGUCAUAUCCUGUGACUUAUCGUAUAAUUAAAUGGCACACGAGAUAUAUUUCCUGCCACCAGACAAACAAACUCCUUCACAACAAUAGCAAACUGGCUACAAUCACCACGAGCCCCAGAAAUCCAGCUGUCACUGAUCAUCAAGUUGGUAAAAUAUGAAGUGAGUUGAAUGUGUGGCGGCAAUAUUGACGGCUUGCCACAACUGUCUGUCAAAGCUUACCCAAACUAAUCUGGCCAACACAAAAGUGACCCCACCUGGUAGAUAUGUUAGAGAUGUUCUGUUUAAUCGUUGCAAAGUUUUAUUAGUGGUUCCUUUGGGUAAACAGGACAGGAUCGAGCUCUCACUGGACCUAACACGUGCGCUUCUCUUGGGUUCCAUCUGUGCACAGCCUGUUGACAGCCUUCCACCCGCGAGGAUAAUCGUGUAUCAGUACUUGGUGUAAACAUUCUUUCAUGUUUAUGAUCAAUAUCUUUACAGAGGCGGUCAGUAACUCGGUGAGCAAUGUACUUUCAACUCCUUCCUUCACCACUCCCCCAAUAUUUCUACUCGGUUCAUUAACAUAAUGUUUUCCGUUGAACCCGGAGACAAGUUUGGGAAACAGACUUCCGUCCACUCAUAUUAGAUGACUGUCCACACACCUGGUGGCCCUCCAUUAUCACUGCUCACUACUGAUCGCUGGUGGUGUCAGUCUGCCUCGCACCGCCUCCCUACAGGUAGCUCCACCUACAGUAAAUAUAUUAAAUUGAACUUUCAGUCAUUUUCAAGAAUGUUUCGUUUUAACAAUCUAUUCAACGUCACUUUCUUGGCGAAAAUUGAAUAAAAUUAAAAUAAAUUAUUUCUUGUUAACGGUUGGGUAGAGAAAUUGUUGAACUUCCUGGAAAUUCAGGCGGUUGACUUGGUGCCGCUUAGGGUAUUUGAGUCACGUUUUAUAUAUACUGCACAACAGCUGGGAGUAUCGCUGUUCUGUGUUGGUGAUUUUUUUUUAACUAAGUUACUGUCACUUUGGCCUUAUUGAGAAUAUCCGGACGUCUGGGUUGUCCACGACACCUUGAGUAUCCGACUUUUAGAGUCAAAUUAUUUUCUUCCUUCCUGAUCAUUGGUCAGAGAAAUUGCAGCACAGGAGCUGUCAUUAACCCGAAGACUGUAAGACUUCAACACUAUAUCACCUCUACACUUACACUCAGCUCCUCCUGAACGUGUGUGUCAGGGGCCGUCAGGACUGAACCCGUCGACCUCAGCAACUCGAGGUUCAGCGAUUUUUCCACAGGAGUCACAAUAAAAAAUGGAAUUCACUGAUAAACGAGUUAGCAAGAUAAACGAAUCAAGGCUGUAACUUUCUGAAUCUAUAUUUAUUAUUAUAUACCUUUGUAGUCCUAAACUUGCCAAUUAAAUAUAAAUUCAGUGUUCCUCAAAUAUGUCGAGCUCCAUACUAGUCACAAAAAUACCAAGCAUAUCCGGAUAAAGCCAAGAGAUCGGUUAAUUUCGAGUAUUAGUCCAUCCAUUUUUCCCUCGACAGCUGCACACGUUACCACCGCCGCCUCUAACACAGUGACAAAAGUGAAGUACGGUUAUGGUUGAAGGGCAGGUGAUGAAAGCUUGAUCUCUCUUGUCUGCUGCAGGUAACUUGUUCUUUCUCCCAUUUACCCUAAUUCAGUAAACUUUCUCCAGUCAUAGACACCUGAUUUACGUGUGUGAAAACCUCAUACUUUAUCUACUACUACAAGUUUCACCAAGUGUACGCUUCCCUCCAAACAACUGUGAUCUUCUCUAUGUAAUCCGCUGUUUAUUCUCCCGUGUGUGAAAAAAUAAUGCUCAAGAAACUUUAAAAUGGCAGUACACUCGAGCGAUAAUACAUUAAUUUGCUCCUACGCCUCGCCAGCCCACAAUUUCGACAGGUUAAUUACUGAGGUGUUGCUGAUCUAAGUUAAGUAUGUACAGGUAUAGUCACCCACAUAAGUCCUAUCACCUCUCCUCCGGAUAUACGAGUCUCGAGGUUCAUACUCGUGAACCCGAAGCAUUUAUGAACAGAAUAAUGCAUCAGUCCAUUGCUUUGGGUUCACGAGUCUGAAUCUCGAUGUACUUGGCUCAGGGGGGAGAGGCAACAAGACUAUUAUGUCAUUCAGAGCGUCACCCCGAUGGCAUAUCCUAGACAUUACUGACCCAAGAUCUGAGUAUGACACUGUAGUUAUCGAUUAAGAUCACCAUUACUGAACAAAAUCCCAACAGAGAGGAAUUUACAACAGAACAAUCUCCUUCAAAGUGAGUAUUGGUGUCCGACAUGACCACAAGAAAUAUUGAUUGUAAAAUAUAACAAGUUUUUACAACCCAACAUUGUCGAAUAACAACCACUAUCCACAGCCGAUUUGUUUAUGUUUUGGGGUUCAAUAAUCCACCUUAGUGAUAAUUUCAACAACUUUAAUAUUUUCUAUAAUUCAACCUGAUAUCAUUAUAGGAGAAACCAUGUGAACAACUAUAAUUACAAUGAAUUCCCAUGGAGUAAUAAUAAUAACACGAAAUUAAACUUAUUCCACGUU